AGCAGCUCUUUUUUUCGUGUCAGUGGAAUCUCUGGGAUUCUGGAUUUCGGGAUUUUUUUUAAAUUUUUUUUUUUGGGAGGGGGUUGGAAGAAUCUGGAUGUUGGAGCAACAAGCGGUGGAUGUGGAUGCGGUGGCAGUGCGCGCGGCUGUGCGCGCGGGGAUAACGUGGGUCCGUGAGCUGUAACUGCGGGUUUUUUACAAACCAGGAGGGGGGGGAGGGCAGUGGGGGAGUGCAGACAUGGAUCGGAACCCCCCCGCCAUGGGCAUGGGCAUCACCAGCAGCCCCCCGCACCUGUGGGUGCUGUGGCUGCUCCACGCGCUCCUGGCCCCGGCCGCCCCCCAGGAGGUUUACGCGCCGCACUCCAUCCGCGUGGAGGGGGACGUGACGCUGGGGGGGCUGUUCCCCGUGCACGGCCGGGGGGGGCCCGCCCCGUGCGGGGACAUCCGCAGGGAGGGGGGCGUGCACCGGCUGGAGGCCAUGAUGUACGCGCUGGACCAGAUCAACGGAGACCCCGCGCUGCUGCCCAACGUCACGCUGGGCGCGCGCGUCCUGGACACCUGCUCGCGGGACACCCACGCGCUGGAGCAGUCGCUCACGUUCGUGCAGGCGCUCAUCCAGAAGGACGCCACCGACGUGCGCUGCACCAGCGGGGAGCCGCCCGUGUUCGUGAAGCCCGAGCGGGUGGUGGGAGUGGUGGGCGCGUCCGCCAGCUCCGUGUCCAUCAUGGUGGCGAACAUCCUCAGACUCUUCCAGAUUCCUCAGAUCAGCUAUGCAUCCACUGCUCCAGAGCUCAGCGAUGACCGCCGAUACGACUUCUUCUCCCGGGUUGUCCCUCCAGAUAGCUUUCAGGCCCAGGCGAUGGUGGACAUCGUCAAGGCCAUGGGAUGGAACUACAUCUCCACCGUGGCGUCAGAGGGCAGCUAUGGGGAGAAAGGGGUGGAGGCCUUCAUGCAGCUGUCCAGAGAGGCAGGUGGAAUCUGCAUCGCUCAAUCCCUGAGGAUUCCCCAUGACCACAAACCAUCUGACUUCGAUAAAAUCAUCCGUUUGCUGCUGGACACCCGCAAUGCCAGGGCAGUCAUUCUGUUUGCCAAUGAUGAUGACAUCAGGGGACUCCUGAAUGCCAGUAAGCGAACAGACAAAAUCGGUCACUUACUGUGGAUAGGAUCUGACAGCUGGGGGGCCAAGAAUGGUCCGGUCCACCAGCUGGAAGACGCUGCUGUCGGAGCCAUCACCAUCCUGCCCAAGAGGGCCACCAUCAACGGGUUCGAUUCCUACUUCACAUCACGGACUCUGGAGAACAAUCGGAGGAACGUUUGGUUUGCUGAGUACUGGGAGGAGACCUUCAACUGCAAACUGAUGAGCUCCUCCAAGAAGGAUGACAGCAGCAGGAAAUGCACAGGUCAGGAGCGCAUUGGCAUUGACUCUAAAUACGAGCAGGAGGGUAAAGUCCAAUUCGUGAUUGAUGCAGUCUAUGCCAUGGCCCAUGCACUCCACAACAUGCAGCGGGACUUGUGUCCGGAGAACUCGGGCAUCUGCCCGGACAUGGAGCUCGCUGGAGGGAAGAAACUACUCAAGUACAUCCGUAGCGUCAGCUUCAAUGGAAGUGCUGGUACUUCAGUGACAUUCAACAGGAACGGCGACGCUCCAGGACGCUACGACCUGUUCCAGUACCAGCGGAACAACAUCACUGGUGCCAGCUACCGCGUGGUCGGACAGUGGACUGAGACCCUGCAACUCUCUAUCGAAGACUUACAGUGGCCUCGAAGGGCAAAGGAGAUUCCCAAGUCUGUGUGCAGCCAUCCCUGUAAACCUGGUGAGAGGAAGAAGGUGGUGAAGGGCAUGCCGUGCUGCUGGCACUGUGAGCGCUGUGAAGGCUACCAUUACCUUCCUGACGAGUUCAGCUGCAAACUCUGUUCCUACAACAUGAGGCCGAAUACCAACCGCACAGCCUGCCAGCCCAUUCCCAUCGUCAAGCUGGAGUGGCACUCCCCCUGGGCAGUGAUUCCAGUCUUGCUUGCAAUGUUGGGAAUUGUUGCUACAAUGUUCGUCAUGGCUACGUUUGUCAGGUACAAUGACACUCCGAUUGUCCGAGCCUCCGGUCGGGAAAUGAGCUACGUCCUACUGACUGGGAUAUUCCUCUGCUACAUCAUCACAUUCCUCAUGAUCGGCAAACCGGAUGUUGGCGUGUGCUCGUUCAGGAGGAUUUUCCUGGGUCUGGGUAUGUGUAUUAGCUACGCUGCCCUCCUCACCAAAACCAACCGCAUCUUUCGGAUCUUUGAGCAGGGGAAGAAGUCGGUGACGGCACCCAGGCUAAUCAGCCCCACCUCCCAGCUGGCCAUCACCUUCAGCCUCAUCUCUGUCCAGCUGCUAGGGGUGCUUAUCUGGUUCGGCGUGGAUCCACCCAACAUUGUAGUGGACUACGAUGAGCAAAGGAACAUCAACCCGGAUCUGGCUCGUGGGGUGUUGAAAUGCGACAUCACGGAUCUGCAGAUCAUAUGCUCUUUGGGAUACAGUAUCUUGUUGAUGGUGACAUGUACUGUUUAUGCCAUAAAGACCCGAGGAGUACCGGAGAACUUUAACGAGGCCAAGCCAAUUGGAUUCACCAUGUACACCACCUGCAUUGUGUGGCUGGCCUUCAUACCCAUCUUCUUUGGAACCGCACAGUCUGCAGAGAAGCUGUAUAUCCAGACGACCACGCUGACCAUCUCCAUGAACCUGAGCGCCUCUGUUGCUCUGGCGUUGCUCUACAUGCCCAAAGUCUACGUCAUCAUCUUUCACCCAGAGCUCAACGUGCAGAAGAGAAAACGCUCAUUCAAAGCUGUCGUCACGGCAGCCACCAUGUCAUCCCGCCUCUCCCACAAGGCCAGCGACCGGCCCAACGGGGAGGCCAAGACAGAGCUGUGUGAGAACAUGGAACCCAGCAGCUAAUUUCAUAAUUUAUCAGAGGUCCUGCAACAAAGACGAAAUAUGUGAGCUACAGCGACCCAGUAAUGUGACCGUAUCCUCCGUCAGAGCUGCAGACGAGUCUUCCCUCCUGCCCUGACUGCUGAGAACAGGAGAAAAGAGCCGAACGGACGGAUGAUCUUUGUUUUUCCUUCAAUUUCUUGGUCUCAUGUGUCACUGCCCUUCGGAGAUGUUCAUGUUCAGCAGCCCGCUGGGAUGAAGGCUCGUUCAAAGAUAAACCUGCUGGAGACUGAAAAUCUUGUUUUGAUGGUGAGGUAUCGCUGACGGCAGCGAGGACUAAAUCGGCCCAUGCACUCGCUUCCUCUCGAGGACUUCCACACUGCACGUUUUCAACGCUCCUGUUGACCUGUGAGCGGUCAUUCAGGCCCGCUCUUUCCUUUGUGUCUGAUGUCAAUGAUGGAUCUGGUUUUUGUUUGGGACAUUUGAGAUUUGGAUCGGCCAUGCUGACACUGCCAGCGGAAAUGUUGUCUCUUAAAUGUCUAAAGGAGUAACAGAAUAAAAGUAUAAACAUAGACAUUGUUAAAGCCUCUGAAAAAUCCUUCUUAGGCUCCAUCCCCCACACAUUUCAGCUUCAUAGCUGGUGCUGCAUGUUAGUGUUUGCGAGAUAAUGCUCGUGGUCUGACUGUGGGAACUACACUUUCCAUAAUGCCUUGAGGGGUGUACAAACGUAAUGCUGUUCUGUUGUGUCUGUUUACAUUUUUUGUGGCUUUUUUCAUGUUCAAAGCUUUUUGUCUGCAUUGUUGAACCCUCAACCACUGGAUCACUACAGUGAUGGGCCUCAUUUGUGGUACGUUCAAAAGUUAGUACCUCCUCUGCAUGUGAGCUGAAAUCUGACUGUGUCUGUGAUUAAGAAAUAUGGCUUUAACUGGGGCUUUAAUUGUCCAGGAUUAUUAACAUGGUCAUGCGACUGCAGGUCUGCACUGAGAAGAGGAAUCUCGAGAGAGUCUAUUCGUCUUUUCUUGUGAGAUUCAUCUCAGAGGAUAAACCUACGUUAUCCUUGAGCUUGAGGUGAAACAAAGUAGUCAGAUUGCUUGAAAAUGAAAAAAAAUUAAACUUUUGUUCACAUUGUCAAGCCUGGAUGACUACAAAUAUUAACUUGCGGACAUUCACUGGCUUGGAUUGUCUUUGAACACUAUUUUACAUGUGUAUGUAAUUUAGUUUUUUACUUUGUUUUAAUUUCUUUGAAUUUCUUUUAAAAAUAAUUGUUCCUGUUAAUUAUAUUUUUUGUUCAUGAAAA